AUGGACAAGAGCGUCAUGAGCCAGGCUGCUGUCUAUGACCUGAUCACAAAUCUUGGUUUGGUUGGCCAGCAGUACUCCUGGUGCUCGUCUCUAUUCUACUUCGGCUACCUGGUUGCCCAACCUCUUGCCGCCUACUGCCUCACCUUCUUCCCUCCCGGCAAGUUCGUGACUGCUACCUCCCUGGCCUGGGCCGUAGUCCUCUUUGCCACGACCGGCUGCACAAACUUCGCGACCAUGGCGGUAGCCCGCUUUUUCCUGGGUUUCGCCGAGGCUGGCGUCAGCCCCGCGUACGUCUUGAUCACGGGCGCCUGGUACACUAAGGAAGAAGUGCCCAUGCGCAUGGGUAUCUGGUUGGGCGGCAAUGGCCUUGCCAUUGUGAUCCAGUCUUGCAUCUCAUAUGGCAUUGGCCACAUCAAGACUUCCAUUGCGGUCUGGAAGUGGUUUUUCAUCAUCUUCGGCAUGUUGGGGCUGGCCUGGACUGUAGUUUUGUACUACUAUAUGCCCGACACCAUCCUCACAGCCAGUUUCUUGACCGAAGAGGAGAAAAUGAUCGCGGUCGAACGCAUCCGCCGGAACAGGACUGGCAUCUCCAACCCCAAGUUCAAGCGCGAACAGUUUGUGGAGGCCAUCACAGACGUCAAGGUAUGGUGGGCGUUCUUCUACACCAUAACAUGGAUGAUUCCGUGCACUGCGGUUGCUUCUUUUGGGUCACUCGUCAUUUCCGGUUUUGGGUUUGGACCGUUUGAAAGCUCGCUCCUCAACAUCCCCCUUGGCAUAACGGAAAUCAUCGGGCUCCUAGGUGCGGGAUGGGUCGCCCAGAAAUACCCAAACACCCGAUGUCUGAUGCAAAUUGUGUGCAAUGCGCCUGCACUGCUCGGCGCCGUUCUCAUCAACACUCUGCCAAAACACAACUACGUUGGCAGGCUUGUUUCCUUCCAUAUCACCAAUUUCACUAUUGGUAGCAUCACUAUGCUAUGGGCCUUGACGAAUUCCAACAUUGCUGGCCACACCAAGCGCACGACGAGCAACGCAAUCAUGUUCAUUGGCUAUUCAGUUGGCUUUAUCAUUGGACCCCAAUUCUUUCUUGGCAGCGAAGCGCCAGCUUACCCGACCGGUUUCAAGACAAUGUUGGUCUGCUUUGCCAUGGCUACAGCCUUUCCAGCACUAUAUUGGCUCUACAUCACGUGGGAGAACCGCAGGCGGGCUAGCAAGUUGGCGGCCUCGGGGGAAUCGAAUGUGCAUGUUGCGAAUGAGGAGUUCUUGGACCUGACGGACAAAGAGCAGCCGCACUUCGUCUACAUCAAAUAGCCAUAGCAUGUCUGCACGGGAGCAGCAAUCGCUGCAUGCCAAGCUUUACAGAGUGUGAGUGCUUUGCAGUCUGACUGGCAAUUGGGUGCAUGAAGAAGCGGAAGGUCCUAUUAGAUACGGCCGAGCAGUUCAGUAGCGACGCUGGGAGAUCAGCAGCAAAAC